CACUGAUGAUUAAGUCAGUCGAUUUUCUCCAAGCUUCCAUGUACGAUACCAAGCGCGACAUACGAUUGCGAAAUAAUACAAUCUUUUGCAAUGAGAUAUUGACCCUUUUGUCAAUGAGUAUCAUAAUUACACACAGUUUAUACAAGAUCCGCAGUCAGUUCCGUGAGGUCUAAAUCAUUAAAAUGCUUUCCCUCUUAUCGUGGUUUUUCCCUAAUGCCCUUGUUGUUUUCGCGUUUAUCUUCAUAUCUAUCUACUUUUAUAUCCAACACAACUUAAGUUACUGGAAAAGAAAAGGAGUCCCUUCGCCACCCACUCACUGGUUGUUUGGAAACUUCAAAGAUGCAAUUCUUGGUCGAAUGUCUGCUGGCAAUCUACUUGGUAAACUCCACAAAGAAGCAGGAGAUGAGCCAUUCAUUGGACUUUACGUCAUGCAUAAGCCUUUUUUCCUGAUGAGAGAUCCAGAGCUGGUCAAACAAGUUUUCGUGAAGGAUUUUCAAGUUUUUCAGAAUCGUUAUUUUGCCGCUGUAAAAUCGAAAGAUCUUAUUGCUAGCACUGGACUCUUUUCAAUUAACAAUCCUGAGUGGAAAUAUCUGAGAAUGAAGCUUUCGCCAGUUUUCUCCAGUGGAAAACAGAAAAAACUGUUCUCUUUAAUGAUAGAGUCCUCGGAAAAUAUGAGAAAAUUUCUUGGUGAUCAGUUAAACGAGAACGAAAAAGUGCAAAAUGUAGAUGCAUAUAUUGUGUCCAUUAGAUAUAUUACGGAUGUUAUAUCUUCCCUUGCUUAUGGUGUAAGAACCAAUUCUUUUGGACAAGAUCAAGAAUUUUUCAACCGUAGUCGUGAACCAUUUAAGAAAUCUCUCAUAGCCUCAAUUGUGCUCUUUGUAAUAUUUUUCUUCCCAGUUAUCUCAAAUUUCAUAGUCCUUUUUCACACAAAUAUAUUAGGAAGUUCUACAAACUAUUUCCGUAAUUUGUUUUGGGAUGUAAUGAACCAACGCGAAAGAUCUGGAAAUAAACGAGGAGAUUCCAUUGAUCCCUUAUUGGAAAUAAAACACGAGAGGGAUAAGUUAGAUUUCGAUAUUCCUGAUGACACACUUUUGGCGCAGCCCGUUAUUUUCUCUAUAGCUGGCACCGAAAGCAGUUCUAUAACAAUUGCACAAACACUUGUAGAAUUGGCGAAAAAUCCUGUUCUUCAGGAUCAAGUGAGAAAAAAUAUUAAAGAAGAGUUGAAAGAACAUGGAUUCACUUAUGAAGGCAUUAAGGAAAUGAAACUUUUAUAUCAGGCCAUUUCUGAAACUCUCAGGCUGUAUCCUCCUGCACCAAUUAUUGAUAGAGUUGCAUUACAAGAUUAUAAAAUUCCUGGAACGGAUAUUGUAGUAGAAAAAGGUACGGCAGUUUAUGCAGCACUUAAUGGCCUUCAUGAAGAUCCCAGAUUUUAUAAAGAACCAUUAAAAUACGAUCCAGACAGAUUCAGUGAGGAAAGAAAGGGUGAUAUUACCCCAUGUGCUUACAUUCCUUUUGGAAUUGGUCCCAGAGCUUGCAUAGGGGAGCGCGUUGGAAUGCUACAAACCGCAGUUGGACUGGCAACAAUUCUACGAGAUUACGAAGUUGCUCUAAACCCUUUAUAUAAAAAUGGAUUAGAUCCAAAAGCAAUUUUUAUUGAACCUUUAGAUGGAGUUAAAAUAGAUUUCAAAAAAAUUUCCAAAUAAUAAUGAAGAAAACUUGCUCGUAAAAAAUAAAGUGUUCAAGAUUAAUGAAAAGGUGCGAAAUCGAAUCUUUGGAUAAACUAUUUGUUAUUAUAAAAAUCACAUUUUACACUUUUAAUUCAAGAGUGGGAAUUUCAAAUUUAAAAACUCUUGUGUAAAUUGUUUCAAAUAUUAGAAUAAAUUCAUAUAAAAAUCCGUAAUAUCUUAUUUUUGUAGAUAACUUUGAAUACUAUUAGAUUCAGACAUUAAAAUAUCAAAUAUAAUGUUGAGCGUGAUUUUAGUGAA